AGACCUAGUCCUUCAAGAAAGAGAUAAUAUAAUAUUUGAAUUUUCUUUUAAUACUUCAGAGACUAGUAUUAAAGAAAAUGAUAAUAUGAACUUUAAUCCUGAGGAUCUUUUUGAUUCUGUUUUAAAUAUUAAGCUGGAUUAA